CAUGUCAUCUGCUGCUCUGCAUGUGUCCGGAUUUACUCCCAUCAAUAUAAGAGUCAGACUGUCACACAAACGUACUAACGUUGGCUUGCUACAUUUGGAACUCAUGAGAGCUGACAUCGAUUUGAGGAUUGAGGGGUUUUAGCGUAGAUCAUCCACCAUCCAUCAUACCAUUGCAGCUGAAAUGUUUAAAGAUGAGUUCUAUGGUGUCAGGUGGUCUGGUGAAAGAUGAGGAGGAAGAGGAGGAAGAGGAAAAAGAAGGCGAGAGUAUGAACCCCACAGAGGUGAAAAUGAGUCAGAUAGUGAUGCCGUGUCACAGUAACCCUCGUCAGGAGCUGAGCGUUGGACAACUGCUCAAAUGGAUAGACUCCACUGCCUGCCUCUCUGCUGAGCGACAUGCUGGAAGUCCCUGUGUCACUGCUUCGAUGGAUGACAUCCAUUUUGAACACACCAUCAGUGUGGGUCAAGUGGUGAACAUCAAAGCAAAGGUCAACAGAGCGUUUAACACCAGUAUGGAGGUGGGUAUACAGGUGAGCUGUGAGGACCUGUUCACUGACCGUCACUGGAGAGUUUGUCAUGCUUACGCCACUUUUGUAACCCAGCGCACAAACAAUGGAAAAAAGAUAACCUUGAAGCCCAUUGUACCUCAGACUCAGAAAGAGCAGGUUGAAUACAGCGUAGCAGCUGAGAGACGGAGGGUGAGGAUGGUACAUGAUGACAUCAUCAGAGAUCUGUUAUCCCAUGGCUCGAUCCAGCAAGUUAACUCAGCAGUAGGCAAUGCAGUGGCAGCAGAGAAGACCAAGGUGGAGAGUGUUGAACUGGUUCUACCCCCACAUGCUAACCAUCAGGUGAAUACAUUUGGAGGACAGAUCAUGGCGUGGAUGGUGAAUGUAGCUACGAUUGCUGCCAGUCGUCUGUGUCAGGCUCAUCCGACUCUUCGCACCAUUGACAUGUUCACUUUCAGAGGCCCUUCUCAAGUUGGAGACAAUCUGCUGCUGAGAUCUAUAGUCAACAACGCCUUUAAAAACAGCAUGGAGGUGGGGGUGCGAGCAGAGGCCUACCAGGAGGAGGGACCUAACCGACACAUAAACUCAGCCUUCAUGACAUUUGAGGUUCUUGAUGACCAUGAGAAGCCAUGUAUGCUGCCAUGGAUACGACCUGAACCCUUAGAGGGGGAGAGGAGGUUUCAAGAAGCCAUAGCCAGGAAGAAGAUCAGAUUAGACAGGAAGUAUAUCAUUUCCCGUACGCAGAGUGACGUCCCUCUGUCUGUACCUUGGGACCCCAGAAACCAGGUGUAUCUGAGCUAUAACAAUGUGUCUGCUCUGAAGAUGUUGGCUGCUAGAAACAACUGGCGCCUCAGUUCUGAGAAAGACAAGGUUCGUCUUUACACUCUGGAGGAGAAGUCCAUGCUGAGUUUCAGGGUGGAGUCAGAGGUGGAUGUUCCUGCUCACAGAGCCUUUGGUCUGUUGGCUGAGCUAAGCAGAAGACCGAGCUGGGACACACAUUAUCAGAAAUGUGAGCUGAUUUACCGAGUGGAUGAUGAUGACUUCCUGUAUCGUGUGGUUACUCCAUCAGUUUAUCAUGGUGCUGUAGGUUCCACAACUUCCAUCAGUCAGGCAGAAGGAAUUCUCCAGGACUUCAUCUUGUUGGCUUCCAAGAGGAAGCCGUGUAGCAGUGGAGAUCCGUACGUUAUUGCUCUGCGUUCAGUGACUCUGCCCACUCACCCUCCGACUGAAGAAUAUAACAGAGGGGAGGUUCUGUGUGCUGGAUUUACCAUCCUGGAGACCAAAAACAACAUGUCUCUGAUCAGAUACUAUAACCAGGCGUCUCCAGAGGUCCUUCCCUACAUCUCCACUGAUAUCGCUGGCCUCUCAUCUUCUUUUUACCACACGUUUUGCUCGUGUAGCCAGUACCUUACUCAGAACAGGGUGCAGUUUACCUCAGAGGAGCAAACUGAGCAAAAUUUGUCAGGGCAGCAAACCACGAAUAAAGGCAGACCCCCCCUGUGAGAAUGGAGCAGACACUCUGUCAGUGGGUUUCCACAGCACACAGCUGUAGACAGUCAAUGGUACUUGUCAGGCCAGUUUACUUUAAAAAGUGUACGGUGAGGUGAGUCUGCUGCAGCAAGAUAUGAUUAGUGAACAAAAGAGGAUAUUUGCAGAUAUAGGAAAAGAUAAAUUAGAAAAGAUUACAAUAAAGUGAGUUAAGUAAAACUAUGCUGUAUACAUGUAAUGCUUUUAAUAAGCACAACUGGUUGAAAGACAGACCUAAUUUUAAAAAGUCUCAUUCACUAUAAAUUGUUUAGUUAGGAGCAGUGAAGCCAAAACACCUUGACUUGGCUACCUGCAGUACAGGUCAUCAACCCCACUUAAAAAAUGGUAGCAGGUGGCACAUUGACCGAACUGAGAGGUCAAAGUACACGUGAACCACAUUACUCCCAAAGAAAGUUUCUGUCAUUUUAGGUAGUUCUCAUGACACUGAUGUGUGUUCAUGUUUCUGAUAAGUUCUGUUUUAAUGAUUCGAUGUUAUAAAACUGGGUGAAACAGUAUGAUUGACCAAUGAAACUGACUUGCAAUUGAUCAGGUGGGUGUAUUGAUAAACAGACAUUGAUUUGGACACAGAAUUGUCACCUGCAUCACACAGGGUCAGAAACAUUUUUCAGUCUUUUUUGUAAUAUAUGGCAGUCGCUCAUAAACUCUAUCUGGCACCCUUAAACAUUGGAAUUACUUUGAGACACACUACAGUGGCAUUAAGUGGGGUGAAUUGCCUCCAUUUGCUGAUUGCAGUUGGCACAAGCUAGCUUCCAUCAUAGGAGUUUUAUUGGAAUUCAAACGAUUUAAAACAAAAGGUGUUUGCUCUGUGUUCUUCCAAUCUCAAUUUGAAUGUUAACUACAUAUGAUAAUUUGAUUUUGUUGUGGCAUUUUAUCUUGGAGUAUAAAGAAUUAAUAAUAGUGACCAAA